UUGUUUCAGACACUACUUCCAUUUUUCGUAGCAGGUCUUGGACAAAUUUGUACAGGCCUAUUCUUUGAAAGAGCCCAGCACUGGUGGUUUUUCGUAAGUGUUCCAGAAUCGUUCGUUUUGAUCCCGGCAUUACUUGGUCUGAAGGGUAAUCUGGAAGUGACUUAUGCAUCUCGAUUUUGCACAAUGAGCAACGCCGGUCGAACUCAUAAUGCUGAAGAAAUUUUUACUGUUGCCCGAUUUAAUUUGAGCCUUGUCGAAUUUCAAGCGUGUGUCCUGUCAUUUUUGGCGGCGGUUCUUAGCACUGCAAUUAGCCUGAUCAGCUGCGAUUUCAAUUCAUCUCAUUUUUUGGUAGUAUUUGCUAGCGGCAUUUAUGCGGCUGCUUUGUCGUCUCUCGUUGUUGGAACCAUGAUGGUCGUUUUAGUUGUUAUUACGCGUCGUUACGACAUCGACCCGGAUAACAUCGCUGCUCCUAUAACGGCAACCUUCAGCGAUUUUAUCACGUUGCUUGCGCUGAUUGGCUGUGGAAUGUUAUUUCUGUACCUAUGCAUACACCAAGCAUGUCUAUUCAGCGUCCUACUGGUACUGUUUUUACUUUGCGCAACACCAUGCAUGGCCUGGUAUGCUUUCAAAAAUCCGCAUACCAGAGAUAUACUCAAGCAUGGUUGGCCUGCGCUUGUUGCUGCAACCAUUGCUGAAUGGCAGCAAAUUGACUUCCAAAAAAUUUUUUUCAGUUUUAGUGGCUUGUUGUUGCAAUCAUCGAUCUCAGUAUUUCCUGGCAUUGCUGCGCUUCAUCCAUUAAUUACAGGCCUCGGUGGCAACCGUGUGAGUGUACAGUCAAGUCGACUCUGUACUGCUUUGCACCUAUCUCCAUAUCCGCUUGGCACUCUUCCUGACGGUACAACGGUGCGCACUUAUUUCAAUCCAUUUCGCUUGUUGUGCUUACAGCAUAUCGAUUCCAAAGUAGCAUUUCUGCUGCUUCUGACGGCAAUUCCAUACAAUUUUUUAUUUGUCAUCAUUGUUAUUUUCGCAGCCAAAAAUGUUGAUUUCAGUUGGAUACUUGUUUCUGCAUACGUCGUAGCAGCCUUUGUACAGGGGCUAGUGUUGUUUUACCUAUGUCAAGUAACAGUGUAUACGUUAUGGUGGCUAAGAAUGGACCCCGACAACAGUUCGUUUCCAAUACUAACAUCUGUUGGCGAUGUACUCGGUAUUGGCAUGCUUUAUGCGGUUUUUCUCAUUCUCAGUCUCUGUGCACCCAAAACUGUCCGCUAUCAACAUUAUCAGACGAUGAAUUCCACGCGGCAUUGCGGAGUUCUCUUUUGA